UGUUCCUCGCCUCUGUCUGAUAAUAAAUUUUAACUCGCAUUCGGUAGGCCUAGUUUCGCUUAGAAGGCUACAAAAAUCCUUUCCUGAGCUCAAGAAUCUAGUAGCUCUAAAACCCCGAUAUUUUUAGUUCAAAGUCUUCUCACGAGCUCAAGAAUCUAGUGGCUUUAAAACCCCGAUAUUUUUAGUUCUACUUUUCAUUUAUUGUGAAUAGAUUGAAUCCGCACCUGCAGGGAGGUUGUUUUUGGUUUGUAUUAUUCUAAAAUAAUUUUGCUUUGAGAGGGUUUUGUAGUAUUUUACCGCAAACUCUGCCCAUUUUUUCUCACCGCAUCUUUGACAGCACGAGACAAUCUGUGCAGAAUCUUGAGGUAAAAUGGGGAAGAGAAAGAGAGAUCAAAAGAUAAAAGAGAGUGAAGGAGGAGAUUUACAUGAUUUCCACACAGUUUUUGUGAACAAGUUGCCAUAUUCUUUCACUAAUGCUCAGCUAGAGGAAUCUUUCAGUGAAAUUGGACCCAUAAGACGGUGCUUCCUAGUGAAACCAAAAGGAUCUGAUCAGCAUCGUGGCUUUGGAUUUGUUCAAUUAAAUGCAAAACGUGCUGUUGAAGCAAAGAAUGGAUCAGUUAUAGGUGGACGGAAGAUUGCUGUGGAUCUUGCUAAGCAUCGGCCUUCAUUUCAGCAACGUCGGGCUAAGACGGGCAAAGGUGACACGGAAGCGCAAACAGAAAAUGUGGAGGAUCAUAAAACUGUGGAUAACACCAAUAAAAAAAAUUGUGUAGAUUCAGAGGGAGGGAAAAUAAAAGAAGGUUGCUUUGAAACACUGAAAACAAAGGCAAAUAAACAAGAGAAAUUAGAAAUACCUCCGAGUGUUCAGCCUCAUGAAGAAAGCAAGGAUUCUGAAAAAGGGAUGCGAGGAAAAAAAAAUAGCUGUAGUCCAUCCAAUUUGGAACUUACGAGUUCUGCAAUUCAAAGGGUUGCAAGAACUGCUAUUUUUGGUGGUCUCACUGACCAAAAAAUGACAGAGGUAGUGCUUUUUGAGGCAAAGAAGGCUGGUGAUGUAGAAUCCAUCACAAAUCCACUACCGGAAUUUGAGCUACAAAGCCAUGGGCUUGCUCGAGAUGGUUGCAAAUUGGGCGCUGUUGCUGUAUUAUAUGUUUCUGUUAAAUCAGCAUGUCAAGCUGUAGCCAGAUUGCAUCAGAAAACUAUUGAAGGGGCAGUAGUUUGGGCACGCCAACUUGGUGGUGAGGGUUCAAAGACAAGCAAAUGGAGGCUUAUUGUUCGAAAUCUGCCUUUUGAGGCUAGUGAAGUUGAACUAAGGAAGCUUUUCUCGACAGCAGGUUUUCUGUGGGAUAUUACCAUCCCUAAGGGUUCCAAUGGCAGUAGGCCAUCUAAAGGUUUUGCUUUUGUUACCUUCACUUGUAAAAGAGACGCUGAAAAGGCAAUUCGUAUUAUUAAUGGAACCAAAGUUGGCAAAAGACCAAUUGCUGUUGACUGGGCUGUUUCAAAGAAGAAGUAUGAAACUGUUCUUACUUCAGGAGCUGCAAACUCAGGUGGUGAAGUUUCUGGCAGUGAUGUGUCUGACCUAGAGGAUAAUGAUACAGCCAGUGAGGAUGAGUCGGACAACAAUUUAGAGGGAUAUGCUGUCUCCAGCAUACAAAUACGUGAUAAUUGUGUCGAUGAACACAGUCUUGAUACUAACACUGCAUCCAUCAAAGAUGAUGGAAAAGCUGGGGUAGAACAUUUGAACAUCUUAAAGGAGGCUGACAUAGCAAAAAAAGUACUCAGCAAUAUCAUCAAUUCUCAUGCAAAAGAGGAUUGCACCUUGAUUUUAAGUGUUCAAAAUAACUUCGAAGAUUCCACUGGAGCAAAGGCCAUGAUUCCUGAAAAUAAAACGAUUUCCAUCAGCAAAACUACAAGUGUGGAGUUUAAAGAAGAAAAUGCUAACAGAGGAGAAAAGGCUGUUGAAAAGGGUUCUUGCACACAAAACAAUGAGAGCUUACAGAAAACAGUAUUCAUAAGUAAUCUUCCGUUUGACAUUGAUAGUGAAGAGAUAAAAACACGAUUCUCAGUUUUUGGGAAAAUUAAAUCUGUUCACCAUGUUCUUCAUCAACUUACAAAGCGACCAAAGGGGACAGCAUUCAUUGAGUAUGAAACAAUAGAAGGAGCUGAAGCUUCUAUCUUGGCUGCAGAAACAAGACAGGGCUUAGCAGAUUCAGGAAUCACUAUGAAAGGAAGACCAUUGACAAUUUUGAAGGCCAUAGACAAAACAUCAGCUGGUCAGAAGGCAAAAGAGAAGGUAGAAAAGGAGGUUCAUGAUCACCGCAACCUCUAUCUGACUAAGGAAGGUCUUAUUUUAGAAGGCACACCUGCUGCUGCCGGAGUAUCAAAAGAAGAUAUGUCUAAGCGUCAAAUUUUGGCACGUCAAAAGGAAAUAAAACUUAGGAGUCCAAAUUUCCAUGUUUCAAGAACAAGGUUAGCAAUUUACAAUGUGCCAAAGUCUAUGACAGAAAAGGAACUAAAGAAACUGUUCAUCAACGCAAUACAGUCACGUGCAUCCAAACAAAACCCUGUGAUUAAGCAGGUGAAAAUUUUGAGGGAUAUUAGGAAGCCUGUUAGCACUGUAAAGGGCAGAUCUCGAGGUGUGGCUUUCAUUGAAUUCGGUGAACAUGAACAUGCAAUUGUGGCUCUUCGUGUGCUCAAUAACAACCCAGAAACAUUUGGGCCAGAGCAUCGGCCUAUUGUUGAAUUUGCAAUUGAAGAUGUACGGAAGUUGCAAAAGCGUAACUUGUCAGUUGCCUCUGCCAAAAUUAGAAAUGGUGAUAAAGGAGUGUCUGCCAGGAAACAGAGGCAAAAUAUAACUCAGACAAGUGGGAGUCUAGGGGACAAGGAGUCUUUUUCUAAAACUUUAGAGGGUGAAGUGAAAGAAAAUGCAGUUAAAAGGAACAAAAAGGAGAGAAAGAAAAGUCAAAACAAAACUGAGACAAAUGUGAUUGUAGGAGACAAGUCUGAGGGCUCUAAAUCUUCUAAAGAGGAAGAGAAAAAAAAUGCAGUCAAACAGAGCAAAAAGGAUAGGAAAAAUAGACGCAAGGUUGGCAGAGAAAAUCUUAUGAUAGAGGAUAACGGUGAGUCCAAUACAAGUGGUAGUUUUAAGAAACAGAAGCAGAAAGCUGUUUCUGGAAAAGGUCCAGCAGAGGCCAAAGAAAAAGAGCACACGACAGAUAAACCUACAGGUCAGCGUCAAUCACAGGAUGCCAAGGGAGUGCAACUCUCUGUGUCUGUCACUGGCAAAAAAUAUGGCAAGUUGCAACAAAAUGUGCAGGAGCAAAACCUCGCGAAAAGGAAGUUUAAUGAUAGUAUUGAUGCAGUUUCAGAUAAGCAGAACGGUAAAAGACCAAAGAAAAAGGCAAAUAGUGGAAAGGAGAUUGAAGAUGAACUGGAUAAGCUGGUUGCACGGUACCGGUCCAAGUUGUUUUCAAACAACUAUUCAAAUAAGAAAAAUGAUUUAAAACAAGGUACUGGAGAGCUUCGGAGAUGGUUUGAAUGAUUUCAUUUUGAGUUGAAUAGAUAUUUUCCAGUUGUCUCUAGCUGCCUUCAUUUUGCAUAGAUGGAAAAGCUAAUUGGGUGUUCAAUGGAACACCUAAAUCAUAUUUUUUAUUCAGUGCAUCUACGUGAUAUGCUAUGAAAAAUGGCCAAGUUGAGUUGGUGAACAUACUUAGAUUUACACUGUACAGGUGAUUUGAUUAAAUUCUUCCAAAUUUUAAUAUAAAAGGAUUUUUCA